UUAAAUGUAUUUACACACGUUGCCAGGCAACUUACCGCGUACAUGGUUGAGCGGGGUUAUGAUUGUCGCCUGUGUUUGAUUUUGGCGGGGAUGUGCACGUGAAAAGUAUGAUACAUGUAUAUGUACUAUAGGUGUGUAAAAUAAUCAUUCGAGGAUUUGCUUUUCGGCUGUUCAGACGAGUUUUAUCUUAACUUUUCACUUAAAUUCAAGAAUGAACUCGGACAGUUUAGAUGAGAUAAAAUCGUAUUUUGAUGCUAAGUUUGCAGAUUUUAAGAAAGAGAUAUGCAAAGGAAGUGUUGCCAAAACUCACAAAUCCACUGUUUUGAAAAACAAAGGGAAUCAGAUUCAGUUGGAUCAUAACUGUGAGCUGUUGGAUUGCAUUGUUCAAAUUAGCGGACUGAUUGAGUCAGGGGAACACAGUGAGGCGCUCGAGUUGUGUGAGACUGCUAAGAAAAAGAUUGAACGUCGCAAUAAACUGAUAAAACUGGCAGACAAGUCACCUAGUGGUUGGUUGACUGUACACGAAUAUGAGCAAGACGAUUUAGCCAGCGAUGAUGAGGAUUCAAAGAGAAUUAAAAAGGCUGAGAAAGCAGCUGCGUCCAUUAUCAAACAGCGCAAUGAAGCAAAGAAAGCGAACAGAAGGUUCAUAAAUGUUUCAGAUUCUGAUGUAUGAUAUGCCAGGAAUGCUUGUUUAAAAAAAAAAAAAAAAAAGAUGUUUCGUGGGACGAGAAGACGUCCAUGCUGGUCUUGAGCCACAGGAUCUUCCCACCUCCCCCUCCUAAAAAUAAGUAAAAGGAGUUAGGGUUGGGUGGCCUGCUCGCAGCAUCCCGAUUUAAGAGUUCAUGAAUAUAUUAUAUGAUUGUAUUUUUGUAUGCGUAUACUUUAUUGUAAAUUCAAACAUUGAAUAAAGGAGUGAUUAUUAUUUAAAUUUAAUAGGCAUUUUUCUUUUCUCGUUUUUGUUUUUGUAGAACAAUUAAAGUAACAGGGUCAUUUUAUCAAAUUACUAAUUAUCUUUAAUCAUGUGCCGAAAACAUGUGUCUAACAGUCAAGUUUUCUUUGUGAAUUAGAUUUUUCAAUUAAAGAUGUUAUGUUAUUUGUUGUAUGGGUUUCCAUUUUUGUUAGUUAACGACCUAUAUGUCUAUCAUGAAUGACAUCUAAU